AUGCUGUCUUCACUCUUAUUGGCGAGUCUCUUGACUCUCGCUACUCCGUCCCUCACCCUGGAUACACGGCAAGCUUCCCUGUCGACGUUCAUUGCACAAGAGCAAGCCAUUGCCGUCCAAGGUGUUCUCGCCAACAUUGGUGGCCUCAAUUCCACUCUGGUUCCAGGUGCCAGCCCUGGUGUUGUCGUGGCGUCUCCCUCAACAGUCAAUCCAAAUUACUUCUACACCUGGACUCGUGACUCGGCCUUGACCUACAGAAUGCUCAUUGAGGAACUAAUCUUUGGAAACUUGACCCUAAGAAAGACCAUCGAAGAUUAUACCGCCGCUCAAGCCAUUGUACAAACCGUCACCAACCCCUCUGGCUCAUUAUGGCCAGCAGGCGACGGCCUUGGAGAGCCCAAGUUCUAUACCAACUUGACUAGAUUUGACGGUACUUGGGGGAGGCCACAACGUGACGGUCCCGCACUGAGGGCUAUUACAUUUAUGGAACUGGCCCCUGUUCUCUUCAAUUUGAACGAGACAGCUUUAUACAAGCAGAUCUAUUGGCCACUGGUCCUCAACGACCUCAGAUAUGUGGGGCAGUACUGGAACCAGACCGGCUUUGAUCUCUGGGAAGAAGUCCACGGCUCCUCUUUCUUCACCCUUGCGAACCAGCACCGCGCUCUUGUUCAGGGAGCUCUCCUUGCCAGUCAGCUAAACACAACCUGUCAACCCUGUGCGCAGGCUCCUCAAAUCCUCUGCUUUCUGCAGAACAACUUCUGGAACGCCACAGGAGGAUACCUUACGGCCAAUGUGAACGUCAAUAACGCGGCCCGCAGUGGUAUCAACGCGGAUCCGAUCCUGGCAAGCAUUUCGGUUUUUGAUGCAAAUGCUACCUGCAAUGCCAGCGACUUUCAACCUUGCAACUCGAAAAUGCUUGCUACCCACAAGGCCCUGGUUGACAGCUUCCGCGAUCUCUACCCGAUCAAUAACAACGCGCAACCUCCCAACGCUGUCCUCAUCGGCAGAUACCCCGAGGACACGUACUUUGGCGGAAACCCUUGGCCGCUCUGCACACUUGGCGCCGCAGAAUUGCUCUACGAUGCUGCGCAUCAGAUCAGAAACGCAGGACAACUCACAGUCGACAACUUCAGUCUUCCGUUCUUCACAGAUAUCUCUCCCACAAUCAGCCUCGGGAAAUACACGGGAGACGUGGUGAACGAGAUCCUGACUAAUAUGACGACCUAUGCCGACGGCUUUGUCGCUGCUGUCCGACAAUUCCUCCCAUCCAACGGUAGCAUUUCGGAACAAUUCGAUCGCACCACUGGCGAAUCCACCUCAGCAUCCAAGUUAACCUGGUCAUUCGCAUCAUUCAUCACUAUGUCCCGUCGCCGGGCGGGCCAAUUUCCCUUGAGCUGGGGCGCCUCGCUUCCGUUGGCAAACACAGACCUCACAAGCAGGCAGUGUCGCGGAACGAGCUUUAACGCCACGGGGAACUAUACCCCUGCCCUUGCAGCUGGAGCUCCGAACAUCACCAAGGACUGCGAAUCCGAGGUGAUCUUCAGCGUCAACGCCACAACUUCAUUUGGCAACAACAUCUUCGUCCUGGGCAACGUCACGAAGCUAGGCGGCGCGUUGAACAAUGCCGACAAUAUCAUCCUGCCCCUGAAUCCAGGCAACUACACCCCCACAAACCCGCAGUGGUACGUCGACCUGUGGUUGAAGGCCGACCAGACCGUGGCGUACCAGUACGUCCUACAGGACGGCUCGCAAUGGAUGUUUGAAGAGCACCCUGUGCGGACGCUUCGUAUUGGCGCAUGUGGAAGCGGACGCGUUACCCGGACGAACGAUGCCGCUACAUUCUCGUCUUCUUAG